AUGUUGCACAAUAGCGUGCCGAAUACACUAACAUGUUGCAGGAAAGACAAGACCCUUGUCGAGAUACUAGAACGGCUGAAGAGCCUUGAAGGAGGGCUAAGAAACCUCGAUGGGAAGGUCGAUAGCCUUAAUGCUCGUGGGACUCUUCCCUUGUCUAUUUAUGGUCCCAUACAAUCCCAUCCUCCUACGACGACGCUAGAUGCCGGCAGGUCUAGCGCGUGGCCUGCUACAAACAUUCAUCUUCAGUCCCAAGCAAUUUCUCCGGCCUCACCUCGCGAUGUUCAGUAUGUCUCCGCCACGCAUAAGAUGCUUUCCUGGCCCGUUAUGCAGCAGGUCCUGGAGAGCCAGGUUCCGAAUCUCGACUUGGCGAGUUUGGAAAAGGACGGAGCAGCCAUGUUGUUGGGUUUGCAAGGCCGAGUGACGUCUCUGCCAACCAGUGUAUACGAAACUGCGCAUCUCGGUACCGAGGAAACGUCUUUUCCUCUGCAAGUUGCUCCCGGGAGUUCGGUCGGCGGGAUGUCAACCGGGGGUAUGAACUGGGACACGAUGCAGCGGCUAACUAAAUCGUACUUUGACACGUUUAACUUAAUAUAUCCGAUCUUGGACCGACAAGUCUUUCAAUCCGAAAUCUUGCCCACUAUUGCGAACCAAGGCUUUGACGAGAGUAGCUCUUCGACUUUAGCAUGCUUGAUAUUCGCCCUCGGCGAAGUUGCUAUCAGCGCCGUCCAAGGCGCUCCCAUUACAACACAUAAAGGCCGACCCAGUGGCAUUAGGGGAGGGACCGUUGAAAGGCCGCCAGGGUUGCUAUUCUUCAACGAGGCUAGGAAACGAAUGGGAUUCAAUCUGACUGAAUGCAGUCUAGAGAAUGUGCAAAUGUUUUCGUUGGCGGCCAUAUAUUAUGGAACGUGCUGUCAUCACUUGGAAUUCUGGCGCAUGACGACGUCAGCAUCGUUGGCGUGUCAAGCGUUGUUGACGAGUAAUCCGGAAGAACUGACGACUCAUCGAGGUGACCUGGUCCGAAGAGCAUUCUGGCACUGCUCCAUAAUGGAGACGUACGUCAUUAACCUAUACUUAACCCCUAUCGGAUCUAAGUUGACAAGUCUCAGGUGUCUAAACAUGGAGCUGAAUAUUCCUCAGACGGGGCUCAAUAAACUAGAGCCGCUGGUAGGAUUACCCGACUUCAGCGGCUCGUUCUCCGAGGAGGAUUACAUCGGGAACCAAGCUUCCCACUUCCAAGAGCAUUUUGCGUCGCAAAUAGUACUUCGGCGACUUUCCGUGGAGUUUCAUACUACUCUAACAAAUGCUUUCGGGCCUACACAUCUUCCUAUUGAGCCACCAAUCUCUUCGGCGGCUGCCAUGAUGAAGAACAUGGCAUCACAACUGGAUCAGUGGAGAGGAUUGUUACCCGUCUAUUUACGUUGGGAAGAAGAAAACCCGGGUGCGUUCUCGACUCCGGCUGAAGAGUUAUACGACGACCAAUCGAUGUACCCGUCCCCCGUCCCGGAUCUCCAUACGAAUUUCAUGUUCUCCGCAGACCUAGACAAUCCGCCCGUAACCUAUCCUUACGCCGUUGAUAUACAGACUGCAAAUCUUAGGACGCGAUAUUAUUAUGUGAAAUAUCUCAUCUACCGGCCGUUUAUUUUCAAAGCCCUGCAUCAUCCAGAGCAAGUAACGCACGACGACGCAGAAGGCGUCGCAGAAUGCCUAAAAGCCAUGAUCAAAUGGCCCAUCACAAUGUCGCCUACUUGUUUCCACAAGAGACUCAUCCCGUGCUUGUUCUUCUGGUCGCAAAACCUCCUCGGUGUCCUCUUGAUCCUACACCUGACACAGAAAGUACCGAUCUUAGUGCGAAUAAGGACGUCACUUAUGGGCAAUAAAUUCGACCAGGACGCCAACGAGACGGCCUUACUAUGCAUAGACUGGAUACGGGACCUGAAAGACACAGACGCGACUUCUCUAUGGUGCUGGGAGAUUCUGAAGGGUGUCUACUCGCUGGGGGACGACACGUGA